AGAGCUUCCUCCCGGACCCCGGUCCAGGGACGGACAUGGCCGACAAAUGGCUGCGGCUAUGUGGGAAGGAUAGGUUGGAACCGAGCUUGAAGAACCUGACGGAGCCGGAGGGGCAACGACAACAUCAGCAUCGGGCCCUGCAGGAGCUGGUCCGGGCCCAUGUGGAUUCUUUCAACCAGGCAGUGACUGAGGGGCUGACACGGGCCGUGCAGGCUAUUCGUCCAUUAGAGUUCAACUACAAAAAUGAUCGCAUCACCCUGGUGUUUGCCGAUGCAGUCAUCAGUCCCCCUAUGGCUCCUAAAGGCAGCAUCUGCUGUGACAUGAAAAUCUACCCGGCGGAGUGUAGAGGGAGGCGGAGUACGUACAAGGGCAAGUUGACAGCAGAUAUUAGCUGGUCAGUGAAUGGUAUACCCAAAGGGAUAAUUAAACAGAACCUGGGUCUGAUCCCGAUUAUGGUAAAAUCAAAUCUGUGUAACCUAUACGGCCUAUCUCCUCAAGAUCUCAUUAAACAUCAUGAAGAAGCAGAGGAAAUGGGAGGAUACUUCAUAAUAAAUGGUAUAGAGAAGGUAAUCCGGAUGCUGAUCAUGCCACGUCGAAAUUUCCCCAUUGCUAUGGUGAGACCCAAGUGGAAGAACAGAGGGCCUGGCUACACCCAGUAUGGUAUCAAUAUGCACUGUGUGAAGGAUGAGCAUACAGCCAUUAAUAUGAAUUUGCAUUAUCUGGACAAUGGCAUGGUGAUGCUCAACUUCAUUUACCAGAAGGAACUAUUCUUUAUACCCCUCUGCUUUGCACUUAAGGGGUUAGUUGAUUUCACAGAUUUCCAGAUUUAUCAGGAGCUGAUUAAAGGAAAAGAAAAUAACUCUUUCUUCAAGAGUUGCGUGGCACAGAUGUUGAGAGUUGUGAUGUCAGAGGGGUGCACCACGAAGAAGCGGGUCUUGAAUUACCUGGGGCAGAGAUUCCGUGUGAAGCUUUUCCUCCCAGAGUGGUAUACAAACGAGCAAGCUGCAGAAUUCCUGUUAGAUCACUGCCUGUGUAUACACUUGAAGUCCAAUGUGGAGAAGUUUUAUCUGCUCUGCUUGAUGACUCGGAAGUUGUUCGCAUUCGCCAAGGGUGAAUGUCAGGAAGAGAAUCCAGACAGUUUGAUAAAUCAUGAAGUAUUGACUCCUGGCCAGCUCUAUCUGAUGUUUUUGAAGGAGAAGAUGGAGUUCUGGUUACAAUCCAUAAAACUAGCGCUGGACAAAAAGAGCCAAAAAGGAGCCAUCCAAAUUAAUUCUGAAAACCUGAUGAAGGUGUUUAACUUGGUGGCAGAUCUGACGCGCCCAUUUGAGUACCUCUUGGCCACAGGAAACCUGCGCUCAAAAUCAGGUUUGGGAAUGCUGCAAGAUUCGGGUCUGUGCAUUGUGGCGGACAAGUUGAAUUUCAUCCGUUAUCUUUCCCACUUCCGCUGUAUACACAGAGGGGCGGCCUUUGCUAAGAUGAGAACCACCUCCGUACGCAAGUUGCUGCCAGAGUCCUGGGGCUUCCUUUGUCCUGUGCACACUCCGGAUGGAGAACCCUGUGGGUUGAUGAAUCAUUUGACUGCAAUUUGUGAGAUUGUGACCCAGACGUCAAGUACAGUCUCUCUGCCAGCUCUGCUUUGUGCACUUGGUGUUACACCGGUCGACGGUAAGCCCAGCCAGCCGUACUCUGAGUGCUACCCGGUUCUGCUGGAUGGCGCUGUAGUGGGCUGGGUAGAGAAAGAGAAGGGACCGAGUAUUGCUGAUGCGCUGCGCAACUUCAAAGUUCUACAAAUGAAAAAAGUCCCUUCAUGGAUUGAAAUUGUUCUUAUUCCGAUGAUGGGUAAGCCUGGUAUUUACCCCGGUUUGUACCUCUUCACCACCAUGUGCCGGAUGAUGAGACCCGUGAGAAACUUGGCCUUGGGAAAAGAGGAGCUUAUUGGAACACUUGAACAGCUGUACAUGAACAUUGCCAUUACAGAGGCAGAUAUCUUGCCUGGAAUAACGAGCCAUCAGGAGCUUUUUCCACACAGCAUGCUGAGUGUUGUGGCCAGUUUCAUCCCCUACUCUGAUCAUAACCAAAGUCCCAGGAACAUGUACCAGUGUCAGAUGGGGAAGCAAACGAUGGGGUUUCCUUUAUACACUUUCUCAGAUAGAUCUGACAGCAAACUGUAUCGCCUUCAAACGCCACAGAGCCCCCUGGUGCGACCACAUAUGUAUGACUUCUUUAAUAUGGAUAACUAUCCCAUAGGAACAAACGCUGUUGUAGCUGUCAUCUCAUACACUGGAUAUGAUAUGGAAGAUGCCAUGAUUGUCAACAAGGCAUCAUGGGAGCGAGGAUUUGCCCAGGGCAGUGUUUAUAAAACCGAAAUGAUUGACCUUGAUCAACAGGUUAAGCAAAGUAAUGGAAACUUUGUGUUUGGUGUGGCAUCUGGUGAAAAGCGAAUAACACACAAGCUUGAUGAUGAUGGAUUGCCGUCCGUUGGAGCUGUACUGGAGUACGGCGACCCAUUUUAUGGCUAUGUGAAUAUCAACACGGGGGAAAGUUUUGUAAUUUAUUACAAGAGCAAAGAAAGUGCUGUUGUGGAUAACAUUAAAGUCUGCAGCAAUGAUAGUGGGACUGCACUGUUUAAGCGUGUCUGCAUCACCUUGAGGAUCCCUCGCAACCCUACGAUUGGAGAUAAGUUUGCCAGUCGGCAUGGACAAAAGGGCAUUUUGAGCCGACUAUGGCCAGCAGAGGACAUGCCAUUCACUGAGAGUGGAAUGAUGCCGGACAUUCUGUUCAAUCCCCACGGGUUCCCUUCCCGUAUGACCAUAGGGAUGCUGAUUGAAAGCAUGGCAGGUAAGUCUGCUGCCAUGCACGGCCUCUGCCACGAUGCUACGCCAUUCACGUUCUCUGAGGAGAACUCUGCUCUGGAAUACUUUGGGAAGAUGCUCCACGCGGCUGGUUACAAUUACUACGGGACAGAGAGGCUGUACAGUGGCAUUAGCGGGGUAGAGCUGGAGGCAGACAUCUUUAUUGGGGUGGUUUACUAUCAGCGCCUGCGUCAUAUGGUCUCCGACAAAUUCCAAGUUAGGACUACUGGGGCAAGGGAUAAAGUAACCAACCAGCCUCUGGGAGGAAGAAACAUCCAAGGAGGCAUUCGAUUCGGGGAGAUGGAACGUGAUGCCCUUCUGGCUCACGGCACAUCCUUCUUGCUGCAAGACCGCCUCUUUAAUUGCUCUGACCGUUCUGUGGCUCGAGUGUGCGUCAAGUGCGGCAGCCUGCUGUCACCGGUGCUGGAGAAGCCACCGCCGUCGUGGUCUGCAACCCGCCACAGGAAGUACCAGUGUACUGUGUGUCAGCAGUCGGACACCAUUGAGAUCAUAUCUGUGCCUUACGUUUUCCGAUACUUUGUAGCUGAACUGGCUGCAAUGAACAUUAACGUCCGACUCAACGUGCAAUGAUCUGGCAGAUUCAUCGCAGUUGAGUUUUUGUAAUUGGAUUUGUGCAGCUGUUAAGGAAAGGGGAAAUAUGGGGUAACUUGUAAAAUGCAGAAAAACAAAGCAAUUUAUAAUCAGGUCUUGUUAACUCUUGAUGACAACACAUGCAUUUAUUUAAGGAUUAUGUUGCUUUCUGCAGACUACAAGUAAACAUAUUGACAAUUU